UACACCUCCUUUACAAUAUCGUUUCUUAAGGUGUGAUGGCUCUCUAAAGAAUAUGCUUGGCUAAGACAGAAACUAGUGCGAUUAAUACCUUUUUCUACUGGAAUACAUAUGCAGUGUAUUAUGUGAAGAGAUCUUAAGGGCAACUGAAUUCUCCAUCUAUGUUCGGUUGAACAGGAAUAUUAACGGCCAGGAUGAUGAUGAAGCGGCUCUUCCGGCCCUUACACUGCCUGCGCGCAUUGGAUUUUACAGCCAGGUUAGGAACGCUUACGCCCGUUUUCCCGAUGACAUUCUCAAGCCAGAUCGAAAUUAAAAUUAUCAAUCCCGAGGGCAUUGUGCAUUUGCAAAACCCCUUUGCUCAGUUCGCUGCCUCUAAAUUUAAUCUCUCUCCCGCCAAAAUCGAUCAAAUGUGCAAAUUAUGCCCUACUUUGAAGAGGCUCAAAACCCUGGAAAAGGUGGAGCAAUUUGUUUGCAUGCUGGAAAAUAUCGGCUGCAAACCAAAUCAAAUUGCAAAAAUAAUGGUAUGCAAUCCAAACAAUAUAACGACUAGCGUAGAAAAUGUGUUACAACCCAAACUCCAACUAUUGAGAGAGUCGGGGAUUGAGGAGGCAGAUAUGGCAAAGGUUUUGACGUUGGCGUCUUCCGUGUUAACUAGAGGCCUCGAGCACGAGCUUAUUCCCAGGAUCAAGCUUCUUAAAAGUGCAUUUCAGUCUCACGAUUUAUUCAUCAAGGCCGUGUUAAGAUCCCCCAAAGUUCUUACAAUAAGGCAGGAGAUUUUGGCGAAAUCUCUUGCCUUUUGGGAGGGAUGUGGUAUUAGUGGGAUGAAUCUCGCCAAGUUUUUAUAUCUGAACCCAUACCAUCUGCUAAACUUUUCUUUGACGCCUGCUCAUGCUGAUCUUAUUCAUGCGAUCGGUGCCCCCAAGGGAAGCACAACGUAUAAAUAUGUUUUGUUGGUCGUGAUGACUCACCGCACUAAUACAUUAGAGCUUAGAAUGCGAAAUCUUCAAUUGUGUGGGUUCUCCACUGAGGAAAUUAUGGAAUUGUUUAGGGUUUCUCCCCACAUCUUUACUUACUCCACAGAAAAGGUCAGGCAGACAAUGCAGUUUCUAAUCAAUGACAUGGAACUCCCAGCAAAUUCUGUGUUAAGGCAUCCUUUGCUAUUAAAAAAGAACUUGGGAAGUGUCAUUAAGCCUAGGUUUCUAGUUUUGCAAGCGAUCAAAUCCAUUAAUGGGCUUGGGCCUUAUGAUCCCAAACGGCUUUGUACCAUUUUAAGGAUGCCAGAGGAAAGGUUUCUUUGCAAGAUUGUUAAAGGGAAUACUGAGCAUAUGGCACUUUAUGAAAAGGCCAUAGCUAAAUCUCAAUUGACGAAAAGGUCACAGGUGGCAGAAAGAUCUCAAUGAAGGCCUAUUAGUCUUGAGCAUUUGAUCUUUUGAUUUAGAGCGUAAGACUCAGGGCACUUUAACUUUCACACAGGUAUGGGUUGUUGCUAUUCCAAGAAUGGCUUGGAAUCAGACCAAAUUGAUAUGAAUCGUCCAUUGAUUUACAGUGAACUACAAUUGUGUUUGCAAUUCUUAAGAGAAAGAAGACUGUACCACACAGGUGGCAGUACAGCUGGAUUUGGUUCCUUGCAGGGACGAUAGGAGGAAAAGAUUGGUUUUACAGUACUGGAGUACAGGUAAAGGAGAAACAAGACUGGCUUCGCAGUGGUGGCUGCCAACUAAAGUUUCCUCUCUGAACCAAAAUGAACCCCUUUAAGUACGGUAUGCUGAAAUUUUUAACUUAGUCAGUUGCUUUCGAUAGCAGCCAUUCACUGUGUCGUAAUUGCUUAGUUUUCAAGCAUUAUUGGUUUCAAGCAAAGGAAACAUUUAAAAAUACUAUUUUGAACUUAACGUCGUUCAGGAUUAAGGAGUACUUAAUUUUACAAAAUGCAUAUAUAUCUUUUGGAAACAAUUUUUGUACGAGAAAGGCUAGCUUAGUCCGAGAGUUUUAUCUAUGGCUUCUAUCUAUAUGAAAUCGAUGUAUCAUAUCAUUGUAUAUUCCCUUUCCACGAUAUUGCUUAUUGCUUUUACAAUAAUAUGAUCCGCUAAAAAUAUUUUAUGUCCAUUUCAAGUCAGUGGUGAAGUAUUUUAGCCGAUAUAACACUUCACCUAUAGAUUCACAGUCUCUAGAGAAUUGAGAGACUCAAUUGACAAAAGGAGAUUGAAGCAAUUGCCCAUCUAAAAAGGGACGAGUUUGACUCAAUCAUCAAGAGAAUACUCGAUACAAUUGGCUGGCCUCUUGAGUUCUUCCCUCCCCCGACGGAAAUAUAGAAGUAUACAAGAAGUUUGCAAAUCUUUUACAAAGGGGCAUAUUGGAAUGCAGUUUUGUAGGGUAUGACAACGAUGUUAGGUUUAUUUAAAGUUUUUGUUAUUGUUUAAUUAGAGGGAGUCAAUCCAUUUACCUUUCGGAAUAACGAAGCUACAAUCCUUGACAAAUACGAGUGUAGUAAGGGUUUGAACUCUGUGGCUGGCGUGGGCCCCAUCAUAAAACCCACAUUGAUCCCCACAAAAAAUGAAAUAUGACAUUACAAUAACAUGCAUUAAUAUAUGAAAUAUAUUAUUAUUUUGAGUA